AUAUACCCAGAAUGAAGAGCGGUAUGGAAACAAAAGAGAAAGGGUGGAAGGAACGAGAAGAUGAGUGUAUUCGGAGGGGAUAGCUGGGGAAGAGAAGCACAAUACAGGAAGAGAAGAAUAGAUCAAGUUGUUAUCGAAGGGGUUGAUGGGUCAUGUUAUAAGAAGCUCUCUACGGGCAAAUACGUCUGUAUUGUCUGCCCUCACAAUCCCAUCCUCGAUUCACCUCUCAUGCUUUCUAUGCAUUGCAAAGGAUCACGUCAUAGGGCUGCAGAGUCCAAGCUGAAGGAAAAAGAACAUAUGAGACUAGAUGAAAUGAACAAGAGGAUAGCUUUGUCAAACCCUCCUACUUCCUCUGUUAACUCUAGUACCACCAUGCAAAAUGCUCAUUUAGGUAGCAAACCAUUGAUUCAAAUGGCACAAAGGGCUGCUUCUGAGACACUUACUGAUAAAACACCUGAACACAAUUUGAGAAAUGAUUACCAUGACAUGGUGCUGAGGCAGAAUGAUGUUAAAAAUGUGACACUUGACUUUUGUCAGAAUCACUCUUUCCCUACAAAGGAAACAUUGGACAAGUCAUUACAGAAGCCAUUGGAUUUUCAGGAACGUCAAGAGAGAGAACUUAAAUUUACAUCUGCAGGUUGGAAACGUGACUGCCAUGGUAAAUGGUACAAAGAUGAAAAUGUUGAAUUUGACUCAGAUGAAGAAGAUCCAAACUUGUUACUUGAUUGAAGAUUGACUGGGAACCCAUUGGAAAACUGGUGCUUACAGAUAAGCAAUCUUGUUGAUAUUGGAAGCAGUCCAGUACUUGAGGACUUGGUAUGCAAAAUUGAGUGCUGGCUGUGUUAUACAAUACUCAAUAACCCUUCUUAAACCUUUGUUUCUAUGCUAAUGCCUCUCUGGGGCAGUAGGAGCAAUGUACUGGAUAUAGCUAUUGAAUCAUGCUCUGUAUCUUCACAAUGCAGUUGUCUGAUGGAUCUACUUCCAAGUUCCAUGAUGCGGUACAUUGUAUUUCACUGUUGAUAUGGCAGGAGUUGUAAGAGUCAAAUGAAAGGCAAAUAGCUGAGUUUAUAAUUCUGAAGUAUUUUUCGUUAUUAGAACUAUACAAAUACUCUUGGAUUUUUCAUUU